CUUAUAAAUCAUCUCUAUAAUCCUCAAUCUUUUCUAAUUUCCACAUACUACUCUUUUCGUCCCCAUUCUACCACCUAAAAUGCAGAAGAUGGUGUUGGCAAUGGAUCUCCAUGACGAUAAUAAAUGCAAGAAAAAGGUCUUGAAGAUAGCUAGUUCUGUUCCUGGGAUUGAUUCAAUGUCAUUGGACAUGAAAGAGAAGAAAUUAACCCUAGUAGGGACGAUGGACUUAAUGCAAGUGGUGAAAAAAUUAAGGAAGACGUUUCACGCAGUUAUAGUUACGGUUGGACCGGCAAAAGAGGAGAAGCCCAAGCCCAAGGCUAAGGACCCUGAAAUCCCUUAUUAUUAUAAUCCUUUUCCUUAUCAGUUCUUACCAACACAAUAUCCCAUCUAUCUAUAAAUGUUACCCGGCUUAGUCUUAACUUUUUAGAUUAGUUUUUGUAUGACACAGCCUUAUCGUAAGAUAUAUUUUAUACUUGGAUUAAACAGCUCAACAAUAAAAAUUUUUAGCUUA